AUGAAGUCGCGAAACGUCUUUCUUGGUCACCUAUUUCUGCAGUCGGUACAAGCUGCAACGCUGAGGGCCCUCGAUUCAAGCACUCCAACCAUUAACUGGAACCAGUGCAACUUGGACAUUGGCAACGAAAUAUGGAACAGACGUCAGAAAGCUUUCGACUGUGCCAAAUUCUCAGUACCCCUCGAUUACACCAACGAAGACAGCUCCCGACCCCUCGUGCUCGACUUGAUAAAGGCGAAUGCGACUAAACAGCCACGUAAAGGCAGUGUUUUCUACAAUCCCGGUGGUCCAGGUUCUUCUGGUGUGUCUUCUGUUAUAGACUCGCGUGGCCGGCUUGUAGAUGUCCUCGGUGGACACUACGAUGUCAUCAGUUUUGACCCACGUGGCUCUGGCCAGACAUUGACUGCUACAUGCGGCGGUUACUUCGACAGAUCUCUUUCUACUUUGUCGCCUCAGCAAAUACUCUACGAGGGUGAUGAAAAAGUGAAUGAUGUUGACUGGAAACGGAUCAAGUACGACGCCUGGCGGAAUGCAGGUGAACUCGCCGAUGCUUGUUACAAAGACCAUGCAGAUACUGGGCGCUUUUACGGCACGCCGUUUGUCGCCAGGGAUAUCGUCAAGAUUGCUGACGCCCUCGGAGAAGGUAACCAGAUCAACUACUGGGGAUCCUCAUACGGAACUGUCCUAGGCCAAGUUCUGGCGGCUAUGUUUCCCAACCGUAUCGGCCGCAUGCUUCUCGAUAGCAACCUUCUUGCAGAUGAAUACUUUACUGGUACCUGGAAGAGCGGCACCAAAGAUGCUGGGAAAGCUAUCCUGCACUUUUUCGACGAAUGCAUUGCAGCUGGACCCCAGUCCUGUUCUCUAGCGGCCAACUAUUCUACAACAGCGAGUCUCCUCAAGGCUUACGACGAAGCACAGAUGUUAUAUCGUUUCGAUGACACUCUCAGCAUGGCAGGGAGGUCGAACUCGAAAGCGAUCCAGUUUGAAUCACUCGUGUUUAAUCACCUAUACACUCCUUUACUUUACCCUUAG